UCUCAAGUGCUGUCCUGCAGGUGUUACUUAUCGGAUCCCAUAGUGAAGAUUGUGUCCAGCAUGACACUCUUCAGCCUGGUCUUCCUGUUCAACCUGGCCAUGCUGCUGGUGACCACGCUGCGCAUCACCUCCAUGCAUCUCAACUGCAGACCUGAGGCGAAGGGCAGCAUCCGGAAGGUGGCCUGCAACGUCCUCGCCAUCACUUGUCUGCUGGGUACCACCUGGGGCCUCAUCUUUUUCUCCUUUGGACACCUGCCCACACCUGGCCUCUACCUAUUCUGCAUCCUCAACUUUGUUCAAGGUUUUUUCCUCUUUCUCUGGUUCUGUGCCAUGAAGGUGAAGACCAUCAGAUCCCCCAGCUCUAACCUCACUUUGCACUCCUCAGUGCAGAAGCCAUAGUGGCCCUUCAGCUGUACAGAUCCUGAUCAGCCUCUAUAUGGCAUAUGGAAAAUGGCCCCAUUCCCACUCUCUCUAUCAUCACCCCGGUGUACAGAAUGAGCAUCUGGCUGAAAUGGCAACACCUGACUCAUCAGCCACCUCCCUAAGCAGUAGAGACACAAAUCAAUGUGUCCUAACUGCCUUGUUUUGCCAAAGUGUCCUUCUUUAUCUGAACCCAGUCUGCCAUCCUGAUCCUGUUCUUUAGUUCUCCUGUAUUUUGGAAGAAUAUAUCAAAGCAGCCAAACUCUGUGUUUUUGCACAUUACUCGACCAAGGGUCAAACUGGGCUCAUAGUGUAAAUACACAACAUGAACU